AUGGCGCGUGAUGAGGCAGGGCCUCCUGCCAAAAGGCAGAAGAGCUCGAAUUUGCCGCCGCACCUUCGAGACGCUAGGCGCAAGGAAAAUGACGACUGGGAGACUAAUCGCAUGCUCACUUCGGGCAUUGCGCAGCGGCGCAACAUGGGUAGCGGCUUUAUGCCUGAGGAUGAAGAAGCGACCAGAGUUCAUUUACUCGUCCACGACCUCCGACCACCCUUUCUCGAUGGCCGCACCAUCUUUACCAAGCAACUUGAGCCAAUCUCGGCCCUUCGAGACCCUCAGAGCGACAUGGCAGUCUUUAGUCGGAAAGGAAGUAAGGUCGUGAGAGAACGGCGGCAACAGCGUGAGCGGCAAAAGCAGGCACAACAGGCAACGAACAUGGCGGGAACAGCCCCAGGCAACCUCAUGGGAGUGAAGGAGGACGAGGGCGACAGUGCUGUUGCCAUGCCCGUUGAGGAUGUCUACAAAGGUGGAGGAAAUAAGUUCGCCAAACAUAUGAAGAAAGAUGAGGGCGGAGCCAGUUCCUUCAGCAGAAGCAAGACUAUGCGCGAGCAAAGGGAGUUUCUGCCCGCAUUUGCGGUGCGCGAGGACCUCUUACGAGUUAUUCGAGACAAUCAGGUUGUGGUGGUGGUUGGCGAAACAGGCUCCGGCAAGACGACCCAGUUGACGCAGUUUCUUCACGAAGAUGGCUAUUCAAAGAAUGGGAUGAUUGGCUGCACCCAGCCACGCCGUGUGGCAGCCAUGAGUGUGGCGAAACGAGUCAGUGAAGAGAUGGAUGUUGAGCUUGGUGGAAAGGUGGGAUAUGCCAUUCGCUUUGAGGAUUGUACCUCGGACGAAACAGUUAUCAAGUACAUGACCGACGGUGUGUUGCUCCGUGAGUCAUUGACCCAGUCAGAUCUCGAUAAAUAUUCCUGCAUCAUUAUGGAUGAAGCGCACGAGCGCGCUUUGAACACAGAUGUUCUUAUGGGACUUCUGAAGAAGGUUCUUGCACGUCGUCGAGAUCUAAAACUGAUCGUCACAUCGGCUACCAUGAAUGCCGAGAGAUUCUCACGAUUCUACGGAGGAGCCCCUGAGUUUAUCAUCCCUGGCCGAACUUUCCCGGUCGACACUCAUUUCUCGCGAACGCCAUGUGAGGAUUAUGUGGAUAGUGCAGUAAAGCAGAUCUUGGCCAUCCAUGUUUCUCAAGGACAGGGUGAUAUUCUGGUUUUCAUGACUGGACAAGAGGAUAUCGAGGCAACAUGCGAACUGUGUGAUGAGCGUUUAAAACUUCUGAACGACCCUGCGCCCCUAAGCAUUCUGCCAAUCUACAGUCAAAUGCCUGCUGAACAACAAGCCAGAAUCUUCGAACGAGCCGAACCUGGCACUCGAAAAGUCAUCGUCGCUACCAACAUUGCGGAGACAAGUUUGACUGUCGACGGUAUCAUGUUCGUGGUGGAUUCUGGAUACUCCAAGUUGAAAGUGUACAAUCCUCGCAUGGGUAUGGACACUCUGCAGAUCACGCCAAUUUCUCAGGCCAACGCGAACCAGCGAUCUGGACGAGCUGGGCGGACUGGACCAGGAAAGGCUUACCGUCUGUACACUGAGACUGCCUACAAGAAUGAGCUGUACAUCCAAACUAUUCCCGAGAUUCAGCGCACCAGCCUCGCCAAUACUGUCUUGUUACUGAAAUCCCUCGGUGUGAAAGAUCUACUCGAUUUUGAUUUCAUGGAUCCUCCGCCCCAAGAGACAAUUACUACGUCUCUCUUCGAACUCUGGUCUCUAGGGGCUCUCGACAAUCUGGGUGACCUUACGCCGCUAGGACGGCGCAUGACACCAUUUCCCAUGGAUCCUCCUCUGGCAAAGCUUCUCAUCAUGGCCUCGGAAGAGUACGAGUGCAGCGAGGAGAUGUUGACGAUCGUCUCCAUGCUUUCCGUGCCGAACGUGUUCUACCGUCCCAAGGAACGACAGGAAGAGUCCGACUCGGCGCGUGAGAAAUUUUUCGUUCCCGAAUCCGAUCAUUUGACUCUCCUUCAUGUCUACACACAAUGGAAGUCGAAUGGGUUCUCUGAUAGCUGGUGUGUCAAGCAUUUCCUCCAUGCAAAGACCCUCCGACGAGCCAAGGAAGUCCGCGACCAGCUGCGCGACAUCAUGACUGUGCAGAAAAUGCCUCUUAUUAGCUGCGGUACAGACUGGGAUCUUAUCCGCAAGUGUAUAUGCUCAGGCUACUAUCAUCAAGCCGCUCGCGUGAAGGGAAUUGGGGAGUUUAUCAACCUCCGCACCAGCGUCACCAUGGCAUUGCAUCCCACGAGUGCCUUGUACGGUCUGGGCUAUGUACCCGAAUAUGUCGUCUACCACGAGUUAAUCUUGACUGCAAAAGAGUACAUGUCGACAGUGACAGCAGUUGAUCCGCAUUGGCUUGCCGAGCUCGGUGGUGUAUUCUACUCAGUCAAAGAAAAGGGAUACUCCCAACGCGAUCGCCGUGUUACAGAGAUCGAGUUCAACAAGCGCAUGGAAAUCGAGAACCAGAUGGCGCUGGACCGUGAGCGCGCUGCAGCCGAGAAAGCGCGCGAAGAGGAGCGCAAUAACCCCACCCGCCGCAAGAUGGAAGUCGAGGUUGGUGGAAGGAGCGCUGUCCGCCGCCCAAUUGUUAAAAGACCUGGUCAAGUACGCGGCGGUUUGACUUCGUCUUCCUCUGGAUCUCGUCCUGGCGCCAAUUCGAGUAAUUCUAGUGGUGGAGGAAGUGCUGUGAAAAGACCUCAAGUGGGCAAAAGACCAGGACGUACGUUUUAA